GUCACGACGCCAGCGCCGCCGCCGUCGCCGAGGUCGCCAGAGUCUUUUCCUAAUAGCCUGGGUGAUAGCUGAUGUUCACACAGACUGUCUUCAGUCAUGGCCUUGGGUUUAAGGUGCUUCCGCUUGGUCCAUCCUGCCUUUUGCAAUUCUCUUGCAGCCUUGACCAGACCUGUUUCGGAAGUUAUGCUGAAGACAGUGAGUGGAAGACAAAAUGACCACGGGCAAUACGUGGCCUAUGCAGCUAUACCAACCCGUCAUUUUGCUACCAAGAAAGCCAAAGCCAAAGGAAAAGGACAGUCCCAAACCAGAGUGAAUCUUAACACUGCCUUGGUGGAGGAUAUAAUCAGCUUGGAAGAGGUGGAAGAAGAAAUGAAGUCUGUGAUGGAAGCACUCAAGGAUAAUUUCAAUAAGACUGUCAAUAUAAGGACCUCACCAGGAUCCCUUGAUCAUAUCACUGUGGUAACUGCUGAUGGGAAGCUUGCUUUAAACCAGAUUGGCGAGAUCUCCAUGAAGUCGCCACAGCUGAUCUUGGUGAAUAUGGCCAGCUUCCCAGAGUGUACAGCUGCAGCUAUCAAGGCUAUAAGAGAAAGUGGAAUGAAUCUGAACCCAGAAGUGGAAGGGACGCUAAUUCGGGUACCCAUUCCCAAAGUAACCAGGGAGCACAGGGAAAUGCUGGCCAAAUUGGCCAAACAGAACACCAACAAGGCCAAAGACUCCUUACGGAAGGUUCGUACCAACGCAAUGAAUAAGCUGAAGAAAUCAAAGGACAAAACCUCGGAGGACACCAUUCGACUCAUAGAAAAGCAGAUCAGCCAAAUGGCCGACGACACCGUUGCAGAGCUGGACAAGCAUCUGGCAGUGAAGACCAAAGAACUCCUUGGAUGAAAGUCACGGGGCCAGUUUCUAGGGACCCACCUGGUGGCAGAUUGGCAUCUCUGUACCCUGUCCACACAGAAGGCCGACACCCUGUGCUCAUCAGUCCUUGUGAGGCCCAGCCUUCCAGAGGGACACCCAGACUUGUUCAGUCCCUUCCUCCGGCCCUGUCGCCCCGAUCUGCUCUGGGCCUUCUGGCACAGGUGGACCUUUGGAGAAUCUCUGCUGCUGCCUAAUGACCAGGGCCACCGGCAGGCUGACCACUGACUAGUCCUCAUCUCAGGAGCCUCCUUUCCAAAUAAUUAGUCCGGCCCUGUCCCCAAAUUUCAACGUUGCUUGGGCUGAUGUGGGCCUUCACUUGUGACUGGAUACUUUUGCGAGAGGCCUAUUUUCACCAAGCAAUAAAAUCAAAAUAAAUUGGAAAUAAUAACCUCAAAGGAAAUGAUAGAGUCCUUGUAGAUGAAUGAUUUCUAAGGAGCUGGUGUGUGGAAAGCAGCCAGAACAAUACUUUUCCCUCAGUCAUUUCACACAUGCUCUUUACUCUCCGGACCUUUCCCCGACUCCUCACCGGGCCAGUCCUGUGCCUGCUUCACUUCUCAGGGGGCUGGCACUUCCUCGGAAGCCUCCUUUCCCCCGGCUGAGAACCCCCAGUAUUGGCUCUCACCCACACCUUAGCUGUUCUUUUUGAUAAUUAGUCUCUGUAUCUUCAGUAUCCUCAGAAGUUGACAUAAUGCCUGGAACCAAUAGGCACUCAAAUGUGUUGUGAAUGAAUUGCACGUAAUAUUUGCACAAUAAAUGCUGGCUUCUUUUCCUUUCUU